AUGCCGCUAACACCACCUGCUGAGCCUGACCUGGAACCUAAAAUGAACUGGGCCUCCUUUUAUGCCGUGAUAAGCGGCGUAAACCGGCACUCAACAGGCAUCGGCCGCAUCUGGCUCUCCGUUCUCUUCAUCUUCCGAAUCCUGGUACUGGUGGUUGCAGCCGAGAGUGUUUGGGGAGACGAGAAAGCUCAUUUCACUUGUAACACACAGCAGCCCGGCUGUAACAGCGUCUGCUACGACCACUUCUUCCCCAUCUCACACAUUCGUCUUUGGGCUCUCCAGCUUAUCCUGGUCUCCACCCCGGCUCUGCUCGUAGUCAUGCACAUCGCUCACCGUCGCCAUGUCGACAAGAAGCUGUACCGGCAGUCUGGCCGAACCAGCCCAAAGGACUUGGAGCAGAUUAAGACGCAGAAGAUGAAGAUCACGGGUGCUCUGUGGUGGACGUACGUCAUCAGCCUGCUCUUCCGCGUCCUCUUUGAGGCGGCCUUCAUGUAUCUGUUCUAUAUGAUCUACCCUGGAUACAAAAUGUUCCGUCUGGUCAAGUGCGACUCUUACCCCUGCCCAAAUACCGUAGACUGCUUUGUGUCGCGGCCCACGGAGAAGACGGUUUUCACUGUCUUCAUGCUCGCUGUCUCGGGCGUCUGCAUCUUGCUCAACAUCGCAGAGGUUGUCUUUCUCGUGGCACAAGCAGCAAAUCACCAUUUCAGCAAUGCCAAAGACUCACCAGUGGGGGCCUGGAUCAGCCAAAAGCUGUGCUCUUUUUAA